CACUGAACCAACAAUGCCAAACACACCACGAAAGAAACAAAGUGUGAUGGUCGUUAUCAUUAUCGACACGUACAUUGGCGUGUUAUGUUCGAUAAUAUCAUUGAUUUUAAAUGAUCAACUAGACAAAAUUAAUCUCAUCACUCUACGAACAACGUCCUUGUUUUAUUUAGGACAACAACCUGAUUAGGGACUUGAAUGAAAAUUAAAAAAAGGCUUAGGGACUAAAUUGACGGUUAACUGAAAAAAGGAAAGAAAAUAUUGAAAGAAACGAAAAGAAAAUGAUGAAGUCCCCCAACCGCACUCUUAUUAAUUAGUUUUAACUACUUUAAUUAACCACGACUGACGGACUGUCAAUUAAAAUAUUCCCCACGAAAACUAUUCAUUUGAUAAACAAAACAAAAAAAAAAUGGAAAAGGAAAAGAAAGAAAAGUAGUUAAACUUCGACAUCAGUGGGUUCGUGAAAACUGGAUUUCGUUGCCGGUCUGGAAAUACGCGUGUAGGAAAGUCUUGGGUUCUGAUUUCUGAAGAAGAGAGGCUGCCCAGAAGAGAGAGAGAGAGAGAGAGAGAGAGAGCCUUGUGGUAAAUUGAAGAUGAAGACAAAAGAUCUGAUGUAGAGAUAGAGAUAGCGAGACUCACACACACACUGAGAUUCACCAGUGGUUGCGGCGGCGGCGGUUUUGGUCGACAGUCGUGGUGACUUUUUUUUCUGGGUCAGAUCUCUUUUUCUGUGGAUUCAUCGCUUCUGUUUGUUUCUGGGGAAAAACUGAAUCUCGUCCUUGCUGGUUGUGUGAUAGCUGAUGUUAGGUCAGUUGAAGGGUCUUGGGUGAUUUUGUGAAGUCAAACUUGGCUUAUUUGCUUCUCGUUUGGUCAAUGAAAGGGUUUUCCCCAUCUGUGAUGGCCGGCAAGAAGUGAAAUUGGCUUCCGGUUUGUGGUUCUGGACCAUUUUGGCUUCGUGGGUAGGUCUUCGUUUGGGGGUUUUAGUGCGUUUGACGAGGUUAUUGAUUAUUUUGGUGAGUGAUGUUUCAUGCCCGAAUCAUGGACAUGGUUGUUAGAUUCUGCAAUUUUUCAUUCCUGAAGGUUUGUAGGUUUCUUUCUUUCUGAUUUUUAGGGAGUAUGAUUGUACUGGACUUUGAAAAUUUGAAGUGAAAGGGUAUCGGAUCAUAGCUAUAAAAUACGUUACUUGUUGGUUCUUUCUUCCUGCUGUUAAGAUUCUUAAUUUGAAUACAGAUUGGGGCUUAGAUGCCACUCAUAAUAGUUGUAUGUUAUGUGUCUUGCAGUAUACAUGUGAGUCCUUUAGGAAUCUUCUUUACUUGCUAAGUGCCUUUUCCCUUGCCUGUCUCUUCCCUUUUCUCCCUUGUUUGUUAAGCAUUACUUCGAGAAUCUGAAACAAGUUCUUUUAAAAAUCAUGAUCUACAGUUUGUGUUACUUCUCUUGGUGGAUGGUCAUCGAGCUAUUGAAAUUCAGUUCUGGUUUGAGUUACACCAUCAAGGAGGGGUUGAGUUGGAAGAUCCUACCAAGAAAAGCUUAUGUCGUUCCGUAACAUAGUACGUGAUGUCAGGGAUGGGUUUGGGAGCUUGUCUCGGCGGAGUUUCGAUGUAAGGCUGCCAGGUCAUCAUAAUAGAGGGAAAUCUCAUGGCUCUAUUACCGACUCGAAUGACCAGCAGCUGGUGGUUGUUCAGAGUAGCCGUUGGGCUAGCCUUCCGCCUGAGUUGCUCCGUGAUGUAAUUAAGAGGUUGGAGGCAAGUGAAGGCACUUGGCCUGCUCGCAAGCAUGUUGUUGCAUGUGCUGCAGUUUGCAAAGCAUGGAGAGAAAUGUGUAGAGAACUUGUUAGAAGUCCAGAGUUCUCUGGGAAGAUUACUUUCCCUGUUUCCCUGAAGCAGCCUGGGCACAGGGAUGGACUCAUCCAGUGCUUCAUUAAGAGAGACAAGUCCAAGUUAACUUACCAUCUUUUCCUUUGCCUUAGCCCUGCUUUGCUGGUUGAAAAUGGGAAAUUUCUUCUCUCUGCUAAAAGAACCCGCAGAACUACUUGCACAGAGUAUAUUAUCUCCAUGGAUGCUGACAACAUAUCAAGAUCGAGUGGUACAUAUAUAGGGAAACUACGAUCAAAUUUCUUAGGAACCAGGUUCAUAAUCUAUGAUACGCAGCCGCCCUACAACAACGCACAGCUGCCCCCUCCACCAGGUAGGAGCCGAAGGUUCUACUCGAAAAAAGUAUCACCAAAGGUUCCCACUGGAAGCUACAACAUCGCCCAGAUCUCAUACGAGUUGAACGUGCUGGGUACUCGUGGUCCCCGCAGGAUGCAAUGCACCAUGCGCUCCAUCCCAACCUCAUCCCUCCAGCCUGGAGGUUCUGUCCCGGGCCAACCCGAGAUCCUGCUACCAGGGUCCCUCGAGGACUCGUUCCGAAGCAUGUCGCUGUCAAAGUCGAUAAUGGACAGCUCGAGCGAGUUCAGCAGCUCCCGCUUCUUCGACAGACGUCGAGACGGGGGAGAAGGCGCAGGAGAGGAAGAAGCGAAAGACAACGAUGGGCCGGUGAUUCUGCGGAACAAAGCGCCCAGGUGGCACGAGCAGUUGCAGUGCUGGUGUCUCAACUUCCGGGGCAGAGUGACGGUAGCCUCAGUCAAGAACUUCCAGCUGAUCGCGGCGAAUCAGCCAGCUGCUGCCCCGGCUGCAGCGGCCUGUGGGCAGCAGCCGCCGCCACAGUCGCAAUCUGAUCAUGAUAAGAUAAUAUUGCAGUUUGGGAAGGUUGGGAAGGAUAUGUUCACCAUGGAUUACCGGUACCCGCUAUCUGCAUUUCAAGCUUUUGCGAUAUGCUUGAGCAGCUUUGACACCAAGCUGGCAUGUGAAUAGAGAGAAGGACGAAGACCGGGAAAGAACCAGACUGAAAACUUGGAGUAGGAAGAAUGUUUUCAGUUCUGGGUUGUCUGUAUUUAUUGUUGGAUCUAGUUUCUGGGUAGUGGCUACUGCAGAGGCAGCAUUGAUGUUGUAUUGUAUGGUGCAAUGUACAAGUUUAGAUGGACGUGAUAGGGGAACUGAGUUCGGGAUUCUGACUUCUGAGUUUCUGCCUUCUCUUUGCUUUUAUGUUUUUGGUUCUCUCUAUUGUUUGUUGUUAUGCAAUUGUGCUUUUGCCUUAACAUUAACCUCCCAAAUUUGACGUCACUUGUGAUGUGGCGGCUUGGACGUCUUCAGUCUUCACCUCCAUAUUCUUUUCCUAGUCGAUGGUGGUAGGCUUGACAGUCUUCUCCUCCAUAUUCUUUUCCUAGUAUGUGUUGAUCAGCUUGACGGAGACAAAGUGCGAUUGGUCGGAGAAGAAAGGUCGUUAAAAUAGGUUGAUUAUGCGUUUCUGCUAGUCACGUUAGCAAAAAUGGACUCCAUUAACGGAAGGUAAUGCAGAGUAAGUGAACUUGGACUAUUUAACUCAUCUUUUUGACCACUACUAGAAUAAUUUUUUAGUGGCAAACGUGAAACAAUUUAGUAAUAUCAGUGACCAAACUUGCAAUUUAUCCUUUCUUUUGGGCAUUGCUAUUCGUCGCCCUAAAAUUUCUUAUUCGUCGCCCCGCCCUAAUUAAGUCAAAUUUACUUAUAUGUCCUUAGUUCAGAUGAAUUUCAUGUUUGGUCACUCGGUUAAUCAAUUUGUUUCACUUUUGCUACUCAAAAAAUUUUCCUUAUUGAUCACUAACUUUACAUCAUUAUUUCAUAAUUGAUCACAGACCGUUAAACUCUGUCACCUUCAUCUUAGAUGGCAGUCAACCAUAAUCUUUGACCGUUAAAUUAACAUGUGAAAUAUUUUUUUUUUUUUGAAAUCUUAUUAUUUUCCACCUCUCUAUCUUUCUACCACGUACCAAGGCACCAACCUCUCUCUCAUCAAACACUCAAACAAAAUCAGAACCACCAAAGAGGAAUUCUCUUGCAUCUCGCAUGGAAUUGAGAAAGCGAGAGGCUAGCAUCUGGAAGUUUAGGCGGUGGGAGGGAGGGAUUGCCGGUUCUGGGCUUGCCGGCGUGAGGGAGGUGGGUUAGGUGGCGGAGGGAGGGAUUGGGGGUUAGGCGGCAUGAGGGAGGUGGGUAUGCCGGCGGGAGUGUUCUUGGUUAGGCGGCGGUAGGUUUUCGGAGCGUGAGUUACUGAGUUUGUUUUUAGGAUUUAGGUUUGAAUUGGGGAUAGGGGUUUCUUUGUCAUUUUGGUCUGAUUUAGGGCGAUAAAAUUCAAAUUUUAGGGCGGCGAAUAGCAAUUCAGUUGAUUUUAGAACUACAAAUGACCCAUGCACAUAAAAAGUCCUCAUAAUUACAUAAUUAUCUGACGAAUAGCAAUGCCCCAUAAUUAUUCCUCCAUCCCAACUAAUCCCUUCCAUGAGUUUCACCCUACAAUCAAAAUCAAAAUCAACAAUUCGGCUUAUUUUUUGUCGAAACUGAAAAAAAGAUCAAAACAGCCAAGUAACAUUAAUAAUUACAUGAUUUUUUUUUGCCUGAACCAGCGCCUAAUUUGUGUUUCCAGUGAGCAAUUGAGUCCCCAAUUAACAGAAGAUAAACAGUCUUUUUAACA